AUGGGAAAUCGCUCAGUGCUGCUGGGGGUCUGGCUGCUGGCUUGUGUACGCAGGCCUGAAAAAAUGCAGCAAUCAAUUUUAGAAAUGGCAGGUCCUAAAGCUAAGUUUUAUCUUUUCAUUCAUCUAAUUUUCAAUAUCUGUUUUUUUUUUUCUAAUUUUAUUUUAGUUGGAGUCCAUUGGUGCUAUCAGUCACAGAAGGAUGAUCAUCCACAGUGUAAAGAUCCUCGACAAUGGUAUUCAAUGUAUGCCACCUGCAAAGGAAACAAACAGUCACCUAUCAAUAUUGUCACCAAAAACGUCAUUCAUGACAAAAGCCUUAAGCCUCUGAAUUUUGAAGGAUAUGAUGUGAAGGGAUCUUCAAAAUGGAACAUAGAAAAUAACGGACAUUCAGUUAAAGUAACAUUAAGCACAUCCCCUAAAAUUGGAGGUGGAGGUCUGGGAAGAAAAUACAAGGCGAUAGAAUUUCAUUUGCACUGGGGAGCCCAAGAUGGGAAGCAAUACCUUCCUGGGUCAGAGCACAGCAUAGAUGGAGAAAAACAAGCCAUGGAGCUUCACAUUGUCCACAUAAGAGAAGAUGUUUUGGAUAUAACAGAAGCAAAGACAAAAGGAGAUGGUGUGGCUGUGUUAGCGUUCUUUAUAAAGGUUGAAGAAGAAAAUAAAAACUAUACAACUCUAAUAAAUGAAUUAGAGAAUCUUGAAUACAAAGGACAAAGAGUACAGAUAGACCCUCUGCCACUGAGUUCUCUUCUCCCACCUGAGGAAGAGCUUGGAAAGUACUAUCGGUAUGAGGGCUCCCUCACCACUCCCGACUGCCACGAGGGUGUCAUCUGGACAGUAUUUGAGAAGCCAAUUGAACUCAGUUUUUCUCAGAUUUCUCAAUUCUCAACAGUUCGCUUCGAUGGGGACAACUCAACUCACAUGACUGAAAAUUUCCGGCCUGUUCAGUUUCUGAAUGAACGAAAGGUGUACUGGUCCAGUGCCAGCACCCUCCUGCCUACUGCUAAGGUUUUAAUGUUGGUCCUGAUGCUUACGUACAUCCUGAGUUCUCUUUGCCAAUGA